GAGGAGGACACCGCCGGUCACCAGUCCAGUCUGCAGUCGCCUCACAGGCCACCUGUCUCGGACUAUUUACCGGACACACACCGCUGGAAAAACACGUUUCUCCGGGACCGUUUUCUCUGACUUCAGAGACUCGGAUCAGUUAGAGGGACAGAUCUGCUUCGUGUUCGCCGGUGUCUCUGUUUGCUGAUGUCGGAAAACUGUUUUUUUUUUUGAGGAAUCCUUUUUGUGAACUUUAUUGUCUCUUAGUUUUGCCUGAAACUUCCGCAGCUCCUGGAUUUAACCUGAGCUAUUCUAAAUAUCCAGUUUUAUUCCGGUGAGACCAUAAAACUCAUCAGUGGUCCUCAGCGGGGGCCUCCGUUUUAUUUUGGACUUGUCCUCCACCCCACGUCCCGUCCCGGGGACAGACAGCCGGCCCUGCGCGCCUACCAUGCGCCAUGAAGCGGCCGUGUGAGGACAGCAGCUCGGCGGAAAGUGACGUGGAGGAGACCAUCGAUGUGGGCAGAGACAGCGUUCAUCCAGCACACAUGAAGGCGUCCUUUAUAAGGUGUGGUUCACCCACGACGACCACUCAAGUGAUGGCGAGGAAAAAACGCAGAGGGAUCAUUGAGAAGAGACGCAGAGACAGAAUCAACAGCAGUCUGUCAGAGUUACGGAGACUCGUCCCCACAGCGUUUGAGAAGCAGGGUUCAGCUAAACUGGAGAAGGCAGAAAUCCUCCAGAUGACCGUGGACCACCUGAAGAUGCUGCAGGCCACAGGAGGGAAAGGUUACUUUGACGCCCACGCUCUGGCCCUGGACUUUCUGUCUCUGGGCUUCAGGGAGUGUGUGACGGAGGUUUCCCGCUACCUGAGCGCCGUGGAGGGCCUGGAAUCCGGCGACCCCCUGCGCUCCCGCCUCCUGGCCCACCUCACCUCCUGCGCCUCCCAACGGGACGCCGCCGCCCUGACAGCCGCCUCCCACUCUCCGCAUCACCACCACCAGCAGCCUCACCCUUUACCUCACCCCUUCCACCCUCAUCACUGGGCUGCUGCAGCCGCCGCGGUGGCGACUGCGGCCGCGUUUCGCCAUCUACCAGCCGCCGCCUCACCGUACGGACUGAGCGGCCUGUCAGUUUCUGCAGAGGCCGGAGGAGGCGGUGCCCCCCAGAGGCUGGCGGAGCUGUCACAGCGCAGCGUGGCCUCCUCCUAUCCCUCCCACGCAGACUCCACCACCUCCUCCUCCUCUCCUUGCUCCUCCUCCUCCUCUUCUUCGUCUCUUGUGCUCACCUGCGCCCCCGCCCCUCUCUCCGCCUCCCUCCUCUCCCUGUCGGCUUCGUUUCCCAUCGCCCUCCACGGAGGUUUCCCCGUCCUCCCCCCCUCCUCCUUCACCUCCACCGCCACCACCAGUCCUCCCAUCACCUCCUCCUCCUCCUCCCAGACUCCCCACAGUAGCAGCAGUAAACCAUACAGACCGUGGGGAACCGAGGUGGGAGCGUUCUGACUGACCUGGCUGCUGACUAACAUCUGACCAACUCACAGUUUAACUGACUGGUUUUGACUGUGGACCCGGCUCACCUGCCCAGUUAACCUGUUAACCAGUUAACCUGUUAACCUGUUAACAGUUUUCACCUGCUGAUUUUAAAAAGUGACCGUUUGUCCAGAAGCUUCAGAGAAAAGAAAUGUGAGGUUUAUUCUGUCGUCUUUCUUCUUUUUAUUCAGAUUAACUGAACUUUUUUUUUUAAACAUGUUCCGCUGAAAUCAGCUGUUUACUUGGAUUCACUCCACCUGGACAAAGUCAGAACUCACUCUUGUUAAACAUUUGCUGCUCCUGCGUUUAUCUGAUCCCUCUGAUCCCUCUGAGCUCCACUGGAUCUGAAACUAUUAAAACACAUCAGCGAUCACACUGUUACACUGGGUCACAUGUUCCUCUAUCACCAUCAACACACACUGUAGUUCACUCUGACUCAGCCACACACACACACACACACACACACACACACACACACACACACACACACACACACAUAGGCCUGCUGCCACAAACACUCACUACAGCACCAAAUGCGGAUUAAUCCGCCCCUGAAAAUAGUAACAGUGAUUCUAACAUAAGUCUUUAGACUGUGAUGUUUCUGUUACCUGUGGGUUUAUAAACUGUCUGUGUGUCCCUGUGUGCUUUGAAUAAAGUG